CGGUGCUGGGGGGGCGUGGGGCCCAGUGGAUCAGAGCAGGGGAGUCUAGGAGCCCGGCUGCCUGGGUUUGGUCCCCAGCUCGGGCAUGCGAAUAGGGUGGAGAGCUGGGAUGCCGGGCACGUGGAUGUCUGGGACCUCUGUCGGCUCUGGGAGGGGAGUGGGAGGAGGGGAGAAACAGCCCUGAUCUGGGCCUGGUCCUGCGGGGCUCUAGCUCAGGCUGCCCCCCCAGCUCUUGACCUGUUCCCACCCCCAGGCGCGGAUCAAGAAGAUCAUGCAGACGGACGAGGAGAUCGGGAAGGUGGCGGCUGCUGUCCCCGUCAUCAUCUCCCGGGCACUGGAGCUGUUCCUGGAGUCGCUGCUCAGGAAGGCCUGUCAAGUGACGCAGUCCAGGAACGCCAAGACCAUGACCACGUCCCACCUGAAGCAGUGCAUUGAGCUGGAGCAGCAGUUUGACUUCCUCAAGGACCUGGUGGCCUCCGUGCCCGACAUGCAGGGGGACGCUGAGGACAACCACAUGGAGGGCGAGCGGGUCUCCCGCAGGGGCCGGAAGCCGGGCAGCGGGAGGAAGAACGGCGGGACAGGGGCCAAGGGCAAGGACCCUAAGCAGUCGGGCACUGACUCGGAGCAAGAGGAGGACUCAGAGGACAGCGAGAGCGACGCUGAGGAGGAGACGUUGCAGACGCCGCCCCCCAGCCGCCCCCCCGCCACGUUCCCCAGCUCACCAGCACCGUACCUGCCCUUCGCGCCCGCUGCGCCUCCCGGGAUGACCAUGGGCCUGGCUGUGCCUGCAGCCCUGCCCACCAUGACGCCGCCAGCGCCCCUGCCCCCUGCCCCCACCCAGGACGAAGAAGAAGACUACGACUCGUAGCCCCCCGGGGUCCCUUUUAGAUGCUGCAUUGGGGGGAGGGGGGCAAGCGGAUCUUGCGUGUAAUUAUGGAGUCGGAUUCCCCCCUUCCCUCCCUAUGGCUGAUCAUUUUAGGGGUUCCCUGGGGGGUUGAACCCCCCAGAUCUCAGAGCCUGGGUUACCCUGUUCUUCCCCGCUCCCCGCCAUUUGACACCAGCCCAGCCCAGAGCUUGUCCCCAGUCUUGCAUCUUGGGGGUCCCCCCCUCAGGUCACGGUGGCUGGAAGCAGCUGCUUCUCUCCAGAGCCUGGGGAAGGGGGGUGAGAAUAGGAGGGGCUCUCUCCUAGACAGAAGUGGGGGUGGGGGGCAACCAGGGGCUGUGGGGUAGUAGACAAAGACCCCUUUUCCAGGGCAGGGAGGGCAUGGAGUGGGUCCCCUCAGACUCCCCACCCUGUGCAUUGUGGGUGGGGGCCAGGCAGGACCCCUUGUAGAAAGA